AUGCUAUCCCCGCGUCCCCAUCCGUCAUCUCCGCAUGCGUCGUCCGUCCCGCGGCGGCGAAACGGGCGCCCGCAGGCCUGCGAGCCGUGCCGCGGCCGCAAGGUCGGCUGCGACCACAAGCUGCCCAUCUGCUCGCGCUGCAAGAAGGGCAAGAUAGAGCACAAGUGCGUCUACCUGGUCGGCGCCUCCAAGACGCCGUUGUCCCCGACGCCGCCCCGGAGUCGGGAGCACACGACGACGAGGACGACGACGUCGACGACGUCGUCCAGCCAGCCCUCGCCGGACCAGCCCGCUACCGCCACCGGUACGAGCCGCACCAGUCCCCGGACGAGCGCAGGGCACCUCCAUCACCACCGGGAGCAUGCAUCCAUCGACGCGCGCCCUUCCGAGAGCGUCAGGUACGAGGCGCUCGGCUACAUGGGCGCGACGAGCUUCUCGACGGAUCUCGAGGAGGCGCAGCGUCGCCUCAUGUCCAUGCCAGGCGCCGAGGGCCAGGUCAGCUCGGUUCUGCCGCCGGAUGCGCCCUCGUAUUCGCUGCGCGACUUUGACCCGCCGGCCGCGGCCAUCAACGUUCUCCGCAACAUACCGGAUCGCGCAUCGAGCUACUACAUGUUCGAGACGUAUCGAAAUAUUCACGACGCUUGGUGUCGGCUUGCCGCGAGAUGGCUGCUGCACUCAUUGUGGGACACGUUUGGUGAGAUCCUGGAAGGGGAUCGAAGCGACAAGUCCCUGUCUGUCAUGGCCAAGCAGCUCUGCCUCAACACCACAUCCGUUCUGCGAGAGAAUCAUACAGAUCCAAAGGAGUGGUUUAAAGAGUUUUCCGGGAAUAAUAUGCGUUGGGAAUGCAUCGGUAUCCUUUUUGCCUACUGGAGUUCGGGUCUGCUCGGUCUACCGCGAGAGACGUUCAGAGGUAGCUGUAAAGCGCUAAAUAACAUGGACAGAAGAACGGCUCUUGAAUUUUACAAGGAGCUGGUCGCGGACUGCGCCAAUCUUUGCUGGAACGCAGGUCACGGCAACACACUGCUCUGCUUUCUACUAUUCAAGAGGAGCCUAUUACAAUCAAAUAUUGGCGGCGACGGAGAUCUUCGCCAUUUUAGAUUACACGGAGACCUCGUUGCGUUGACAACCUACCUCGGUCUGCACACCUCGAGCGCCGCAUUCGGCGAUCGGUCCGUAUCUGUACAAAUCAGGAGGCGGCUUUUCGCCGGCGUCUUCAACAUUGACAAGCUCAUUGCCAUCUUCACCGGCCGCCCGCCCCUGCUCAGUCGGCGCUUCAUCUCCGAGUCAGAGCCGCUCGACAUCUCCGACGAGGACCUCCUACAGGUCCCUCCUCAAGGCACGCCACACGCCGGGAUUGACAGCGCGGGGUGGAGCCUGGGAAAGAAGAUACUGCCCGUCUCGCCACUCCGUGCCCGACUGAUGAUGGCCUACACCCGCGACUCGAUCCUGGAGAUUGCGCUCCGGAACACGCUCAUCGCCUGCGAAGAUCCGCUCCUCGAGCUCAAGCAGCAGGCCACCAAGAUGUACGACGGGUUUCCGUCGGUUCUCAAGUACGGCGCGGACGACUUGCAGAACCCGGAGUUGGACCACGUGCAAGUCUACACGCGGCUGCACAUCACAUUAGAGCAUCUGCAUAAUGUCUUCUUCAUAGAGCGCCUACUUUCCAAGGUCCAAGAAGGCGUCACUGCCGAGCUCGUGAGAAUCAGCCUUGAAAUCAUCGAGCUGUCCCUGAUCCCAUUUACCAACCGACAGUUGACGACGGGCGUCAUGUGCGAUAUCGACUGGCUGCUCAUGGCGUACGGAGCGCCGGCCGGUGGCGUCUUGUGCAUGGAACUGCUCAGGCCAGCAGCGGCGUCAUCCGGGGCUUCGGGCAUCAAGAAGUCGACCAUGAUACAGUCCUUGAGCAUGCUUGUCGGAUGUCUCAAUGCAGUUCCUCUCGAUGCUCCAAACUACGGCGUCAGCGCGACGCUCAAGAAGAUCAUUGAGCAGGUGCUGGACCGCGUGUUGGACCCGCCCGCAGAGACAACUGGCCAGGAGUUUUCUGUGCAGGGCUGGGAGACUGACUUUCUCGUCGACGCCGCUGAUUUAUUCAACUCUGAUCUUCUAGAUACAUUUGACUGGUUUCGGCCAUAG